AUGCAGACGAUAGGAGACAUAUAUGUUCACAAUGAGAAAGAUCUUUACUCCAUUAAUGUUAUUCAAGGUUCCAUGGACCAUGAAUCGACAGAAAUAAUAGAUGUUUACAUGGAACCACUCUAUGAAACUUUCUUUUGUCCAUUGACAAAUAAGAUAAUGGAUGAUCCUGUUACAAUCGAAACAGGCAUCACUUAUGAGCGAGAGGCAAUAAUAGAAUGGUGUAAAAAGUUUGGUGAUCCUGCUGAUAUCAUUUGUCCAAAAACAGGCGUUAAGAUAACCAGUCAAGUUUUCAACAGAAAUAUUGCAUUAAUGGAAACGAUCAAGAAAUGGGAGGAAAGAAAUGAACAAGCAAUUAUCAGGGCUGCAAAAUCAACUCUAUCUUUAGCCAGUAAUAAGACCAUGAUUCUUGAAGCAUUGCAUAAUUUGCAGACUUUAUGUAGAAAAAAGCAGUACAAUGUGGUUGAGAUACGUACUAUUGGUGUCAUACCACUUCUUGGAAGAAUCUUGGGACAUGAAGACAAAGAUGUGGUCUUUGAAACGCUUGAGUUACUAAAAAAGUUGGCUGAAAAUGUCGAUGAUGAUGAUGAUGAUGGAAAAGAAAUGAUUGUCAAGACAAUGGACUUAUCUGUUAUAAUACAGAAUUUGUCGAGUGAAGUUGAAUGUAUUAGGCAUGCUUCUUUGAUGCUUCUUGUUGAUCUUUCAAAAAGUGGUGAUUUUUGUGAUAAAUUUGGUUUGGUUGCUGGUGGAGUUUUGAUGCUGAUUACUCUGAAGUAUAGACAGCCUAUUGAUGCAUUUGCUUUAGAGAAAAUUGAUGAAAUUUUGAAAAACUUGGAGAGGUCAUCAAGUAACAUCAAGUGUAUGGCAGAAAAUGGACAUUGGCAGCCCCUAUUGCAUCAUUUUCUUGAAGGUGAUGAAGAGACGAAGAUGGAAAUGGCGAGUUUCAUUGGCGAAAUUUUUCUUGGAAACGAUGAUGAUAACAACACUUCCGUCGCGGAAACUGCUUCACAUGCUCUAAUCGAAAUGGUAUUUCAAGGUAACUCAUUGGCAAGAAAUGUUGCAUUUAAAGCACUGAAGCAAAUCUCAUCUCACCAUGAAAACGGAAAGAUUCUUGUGAAAUCAGGUGCAAUAACUAACAUGUUGCAUGAAAUAUUCAAAAGAACAAUCUAUAAUGAGCCAACGAAUUCGAAAGCAGAAGCAGCUGGGAUACUUGCAAACAUACUUGAAUCGGGAGCGGUUUACCUAACUGACCUUCAAGUUGACCACACGAUGUCAUUGGAUUACAUCAUUUACAAUUUCCUAAAGGGUGUCUCCAAUUCAACACCAGAUGAAUUGAGCAUCAACUUUGUUAGAAUCCUAUUAUGCCUCAUGAAAUUCCCAAAAACGUCGGAUAUUAUUGUGUCUUUGGUAAAGGAGAGCGAUUUAUGCACAAAUUUGAUUGAACUUCUGAAUAACCCAAGUGCGAAACUUCAAAUCUCUUCUAUCUUGUUUUCAAUUUCUCUAUCGCCCUUUUUUGGUCAUACAUUAGCAGAAAGGCUAUGUAAAACAAGAGGCCAACCUCAAAACUUGCUAAAAGAUUUGCCAAGUACAACGCCACCAACAAAAAAACAAGCGGUUUCGGUCAAAUUUUUAGCAACACUUCCUCACGAAAAUCUUACUCUCAAUCUUGCUCUACUCAACAUGGAUAUCGUUCCUUUAAUUUUGACAGAAAUAGAUCGUGUUCAGAAAUCUGGCAUGAGAAUGAGCAAAUAUGGAAGUGAUUAUUUUGAAGGACUUGUGGGUAUUCUUGUUAGGUUUACUUCAACUCUAUACGAGCAACAGUUUUUGGUUUUAGCAAUGAGUUUUAGUUUCACAAGAAUGUUCACAGAAUUGCUUAUGAACACAAGUGAUGAAGUUCAGAGAUUAUCAGCAAUCGGGUUACAGAAUCUUUCAUCAAAUACUGUUUCUUUAUCAAAACCAACCGAUAUCAAGGAACCCAAGUUGAGAAAGUUUUCAUUUUUACAGAAAUGUUUCUCAUUCAAUUCAAGAAAGCUUAAAACCACACCAAUGUACAUGUGCCCUAUUCACAAAGGAGCUUGUUCUUCUCAAGAAACCUUUUGUUUGCUUGAAGCAAAUGCGAUUCAGAAGUUAUUGACUUGCUUUGACCACAAGAAUGUAGAUGUAGUGGAGGCUGCAUUAUCGGCUAUUUGCACUUUGUUAGAUGAAAGAGUUGAUUUGGAAACAAGUGUGAGUAUUUUGAUCCAUGAAAAGGCUAUACAACAUGUUUUGAAUGUGGUGAAGGAGCAUAAAGAUGAGUCUUUGAGGCAAAAAUCGUUUUGGGUUUUAGAGAAAAUGUUGAUGAAAGGAGAUGAAAACUCAACUUCUGAAAUAUCACAAGACAGGUUCUUCCGUGCAAUGUUAAUCACUACUUUGCAUCAUGGCCAUGCUGACAUUAAGUUGAUGGCUGAGAGAAUCUUGAGGCAUUUGAAUACAAUGCCUAGCUUUAAUACGAAUUUUACAAUGUAA